AUGCAAACAUGGAGCAUAAGAUCAACCCCAAAACGGGUGCCUGAUAACAAAGGUCAAAAAGGAGAAUAUGCAGGAGCUGUGAUUUGGGGAAGUAGUCCUUCUAUUGACGAUUAUAGAAAACAUGUCUAUAUUGCCACUGGAAAUCUCUAUUCUGCUCCAGAGAACAUACUUGAGUGUCAAGAAACACAAAACAAUAAUACUAGUCCGGUUGAAACAGACAAGUGUAUUGAACCAGAAAACCACUCCAAUUCGAUUAUAGCACUAGAUUUGGACUCAGGUGAAAUCAAAUGGUUCAAUCAAUUAGGAGGCUUAGAUGUUUGGUUUGUUGCAUGUAUCAAUCCGUCUACUACUAAUUGUCCACCUCAAGGUCCUAUACCAGAUUCUGAUUUCGGAGAGGCACCAAUGAUGUUAACUACACAUAUAAAUGGAAGUAAAGAAGAUAUUGUUGUUGCAGUUCAGAAAAGUGGACUUGCAUGGGCAUUGGAUCGUGACAACGGAAGUCGUCUAUGGUUUAAGGAAGCAGGACCUGGUGGACUAGGAGGAGGUGGAAUAUGGGGUGCAGCAACUGAUGAGAAUAGAAUCUAUAUCAACAUUGGAAAUUCAGAAGGAAAAACUUUCCAACUUUUACCAUCAAAUGUGAAUACAACAGCUGGAGCAUGGGUGGCAAUGGAUGCUAGAAAUGGAAAAAUUCUUUGGUCCACUGCAAACCCUAGCAAUGGUCGUCCUAUUGGCCCUGUUAGUGUUGCAAAUGAUGUUCUUUUUGGUGGAUCUACAGAUAAUUUGGGACAUAUAUAUGCAAUGAAUGCAAGAAAUGGUAAAAUUAUAUGGUCUUUUGAAACUGGAGGUAGUGUUUAUGGUGGCAUGUCAAUUAGCAAUGGAUGUAUUUAUGUUGGUAGUGGAUAUAAUGUCUCUUUAGGAGUUGUUUUUAACUAUACAGGUGGAACGACACUGUUUGCAUUCUGUGUCUAA